AUGCCCACCCUCGAGGCCAGCCCCCGCCCUGCCCGGGAGCUUCCAGCAGGAGGAGGGCAGGCGGAGGAGCUGCCGCUGCUGGCCCGCCCGGAGGAGGAGGCUCCAGCCAGCAGCAGCAGCCCGCCCCCCUUCCGCAGGCUCUUCGCUCUCCAGCCGCUCCGCUCCCCGCCCGGGCCCCUCUUCCUCCCCGGAGUGCCCGUCAGCGCCCGCCUCGACGGCACCGAGAGAUACACGGCCGGCUCCAAGGCCCUGACGCCCAGAGAGGCCGGCUCAGCAGCUCAGUUCUCUCCCUGGCAGGUGCACACCAAUACCGUCUACUCCCUCCGCCUGACACAUGGGGAAUUCACCUGGACCAUGAAGAAGAAGUUCAAACAUUUCCAAGAGCUGCACCGGGACCUGAUGAGGCACAAGAUCCUCAUGACCUUCCUGCCUCUCUCCCGGUUUGCCCUUCAUGGUUCCCAGUUGGGAGGAGCAUCCCUGGAAUUGCCUUCUCUGCCCCAUGGGAGUGGGGAGGAGGGCACCCGGCGGCCGUCCAGCAAACAGAAGCAGCUGGAAAGCUACCUCAAUGCCCUGCUGGAGACUAGCCUGUAUCGGGACUACCACGCCAUGACAGAGUUCCUGGACGUCAGCCAGCUCUCCUUCAUUCCGGACCUGGGACCCAAGGGGCUGGAGGGCAUGAUCCUGAAGCGGUCUGGAGGGCACCGGAUCCCCGGUCUGAACUGUAGGGGGCGCCACCGGUUCUGCUACCGCUGGUCCAAGAGGUGGCUGGUGGUGAAGGACUCCUUCCUGCUCUACCUGAAGCCGGAGUCGGGGACCAUCUCCUUCGUCCUGCUCUUUGACCCGGGAUUCAGCAUCCAAGUGGGCCAGAAGCCCACCGAGACCAGAUACGGGGUCCGGGUGGACAACACCUGCAGGUCCCUGGUCUUGAAGUGCAGCAGCUACCGGCAGGCCUGCUGGUGGGCUCAGGAGAUCUCGGACCUGGCAGAGAACAAGGGGCGGGACUUCCUGCGGCUGCAUCGCCACCAGGCCUUUGCCCCCGUGCACGUGGGAACCCCUGCCCGCUGGUUUAUCAACGGGGCUGGAUAUUUUGCUGCUGUGGCCGAUGCUCUGCUGAAGGCCAAGGAAGAGAUCUUCAUCGCUGACUGGUGGCUGAGCCCCGAGAUCUACCUGAAGCGCCCUGCCCAGACAGACGACUGGCGCCUGGACCUCCUCCUGAAGCACAAGGCUGAGGAGGGGGUGCGGGUCUGCGUCCUGCUCUUCAAGGAGGUGGGGCUCGCCCUGGGCAUCAACAGCGACUACAGCAAGAGGGCCCUGCUGCUGCUGCACCCCAACGUCAAGGUCAUGCGCCACCCCGACCACGUCUCCUCCACUGUUGUCCUGUGGGCCCACCAUGAGAAGGUGGUGGUGGUGGACCAAGCAGUGGCCUUCCUGGGAGGGCUCGAUCUGGCCUACGGGCGCUGGGACACCCACGACUACCGGAUCACUGACCUGGACGGCGAGGAGGGCCCCAGGCCCAAGGGCGGGGCUGCCCCACCCGGAGGGCAGGAGGCCCCCUUUGACCUGGCCGCCAACCAGCGCCUCUGGCUGGGCAAGGACUACAGCAACCUCAUCGCCAAAGACUGGGUGCAGCUGGACAAGCCCUUUGAAGAUUUCAUUGACAGGCACCAGACUCCGCGGAUGCCCUGGCGGGAUGUGGGCGUGGCCAUUCAUGGGGGAGCUGCUCGGGAUGUGGCUCGCCAUUUCAUCCAGCGCUGGAACUUCACCAAGAUAAUGAAGGCCAAGUACAAAGGGCCUGAGUACCCCUACCUGCUGCCAAAGUCCCCCCGAGUGACCCCUCCCCUCCCAUUCCUUGUGCCGGGUGCAGAGACCACCAGUGUCCAGGUGUUGCGUUCAGUGGAUCGCUGGUCAGCUGGUCUCAACGAGUCGUCAAUCUAUCGGGCGUACCUGAGUGUCAUUGAGGGAAGCCAGCAUUACCUGUACAUUGAGAACCAGUUCUUCAUCAGCUGCGCAGACAGGCGCAACGUCUACAACACCGUGGGGGACGCCGUCAUCAACCGGGUGCUGCGUGCUCACAGAGAGAAGAGGCUAUUCCGCGUCUACAUCCUGCUGCCCCUCUUGCCUGGCUUCGAAGGGGACAUCGCCCGAGGGGGGGGCAACUCCAUCCAAGCCAUCUUGCACUUCACCUACCGGACCCUCUGUCGCGGGGACUCCUCCAUUGUCAGUCGCCUGAAGGCAGUCAUGGGGGAGGACUGGAAGAACUACGUCUCCUUCUGCGGGCUGCGGACACACGGCCAGCUGCAUGGCCAGCUGACCACUGAACUUGUCUACGUCCACAGCAAGCUGCUCAUUGCUGAUGACCGGUGUGCCAUAAUUGGGUCGGCCAACAUCAACGAUCGGAGCCUGCUGGGAGAGCGGGACAGCGAAAUGGCCGUUCUGGUGGAGGACACGGAGCUGGUGGCCUCAGUCAUGGGAGGGCAGGAGUACCAGGCGGGGAAGUUUGCGCUGAGCCUGCGCCUGGAUUGCUUCAGGUGUAUUUUGGGUGUGACCUCUGACCUUGGUGUCAACAUUCAAGAUCCAGUCAGCGAUCACUUCUUCCAUGAGGUCUGGCAAGCCACAGCCAUAAGCAAUGCCCACCUGUAUGACCAGGUUUUCCGCUGCCUCCCCAGCAAUGCUGUGCGGUCCCUCCGGGCUCUGCGAGAUUACGUCAGCGUGGAGAACUUGGCUUCUGUCAGCCCCGACCUCGCCCAGGAACACCUGCAAGAGGUGCAGGGACACCUGGUUCAGUUCCCCCUGGACUUCUUGGCUGAGGAGUCCCUGCUGCCUGCCCUCAGCAGCAAGGAGGGCAUGAUCCCCACUGCGGUGUGGACUUGAGGGGACACUGGAAGGAGGCGGGCGGGGGGGGGGAGAGCCCACAGCAGUGAAAGUGGUGAAGGCAACUGGGGGGAAGCAACAGUCUGAGGCAAGCCCUUCCCCUCUCCAGUCUGAGGCUGGCUAACAAGUGGGAGCAGCUGCUUCCCCCCCAAAAAACCGUUUGUGGUUUGUCCUACAAGCAGUAACAACACUACUUCUCUCCCCUUGCCUUGUAUUUUGGGUGAGGCCGGCGUGGUGGCUCCCAAGUUUGACCUGGUUUCCCCAGAGCCAGGGCAGCCACGCCCCCUGACCCCGCCCCCCCAGCAAACCCCUACUGUUUCCAGGAGCUUGGAGGACAGGCUUGGGGGGCCAAGCUGCUGCUACCCCUGCUCUUGCCAGCUCAAUACGACGGGACCAGCCCUCUUCCAUGGGGGGGCUCCUCUUUUAGAAUCACUUUCAAAAAUAUGUUUACAGCACCCUUUCAAACUGGCCUGAAACUCCUGAGGAAUUCUGGGAGCUUUGUUUUGAUGCUCCUGGCAAGAACUCACCAGGCUCCUGUUGGGUGCAAAGUCGGGCCCAGUUGGCCCCAGCACUGAACCUAGUUUGAAUGUGUAGGGAAGACCACAGUGUGCCUUAUUCGCUCCCAGCCACCACCCCUCACGGUGCUCUGGUGCAGGGCAUGAGGCCCAGCUUCUGGCUCCACUUCUUCAGGUGGUGCUCCUCUUUUCCUGCAUAUUAUUUGGUGCUCCCAGGCUGUCUCAGCAGGUCUCUGGAGUGAGAGGCAACGAUGCUGCUCCUUCGCUACAGACAAAAUCUCAGCAAACAGGGCCAGAGCGGGUGGUGCUGCUUCAGCUGCCACCACUUUUGGUUUCCGAGUCGGAUGUUGGCUCGCUCCUGCCUAUAAGCAUAUAGAAUAAACACAUUUCUGCA